AUGACCCCAUCAACAGGCCCUGAUGGAAGAGGACCACGACCCCAAAACGUCCUUGCCCUCAUUUCGGGUACACAAAAUCCUACUCUCGGCGUCGCUCUCACCAUACCUUCCACAGUCAUAGCUCAGCUCAUCGGCCAAUUGGGAUGCGAUUUUGUUUUCAUUGACAUGGAACAUUCACCAAUCUCCGCAGAGUUGAUGACUCAAAUGGUUCACGCGAUUGUUGCUUCCUCGAGAGGAGCGUGUUUUCCUAUUGUCCGCAUCCCAUCGCAAGCCGUCGAGUGGAUAAAGUGGGCUCUCGACAGCGGAGCGGCAGGAAUAGUCAUUCCAAUGGUGAACAAUAAGAGUGAAAUGGAGCAAAUUAUCGACCGUGCCCUGUUUGCACCACGAGGAUCCAGGAGUUUCGGUCCAUCCAGGGCGCCUUGGGGUCUACCAGACGGUCCACAAGGUGGUGUGGGUGUGUACUUCCAGAGAGCAUUGAAAGGCCAAGUGGGCAUAUUUCCCAUGAUUGAGUCGGCGGAAGGCGUGUCUAAUGUGGAGGAUAUUCUCACCGUUGAGGGGGUCUCUGGCGUCUUCGUUGGCCCCAUAGACUUGCGCCUCUCACUGGGAUUGAAUGGAGCCGACGGGACUGAGCCUGCUUUUAAGACAGCAUUAGAGAAGAUAUGUGGAGUUGCGAAGAAAUGGAAGAAAUUAGUCGGCACAGUUGCGAUUGGCGACGAGGCCACGAGCAGACGAACACUGGAAGGGAUGGACUUUUUGGUGGUCUCAGUUGAUGCAGGAGUGGUGACUGCUGGCCUUGGGAAUGACUUGAAGAGAGCAAAGCAAUUAGCCACAACAUCUAGUAGUCCUUCUCUAUAA